CUGUUCGGACUUUUGAUGGGGUCUUCCCCGGACACCAGCUCUGGUUGUCCGUGGAAAGGAAUGAGGACUAGAGAACGGUGGGAUAUGGAAACCUACAUUGUCACACUGAAGAAGAUCGUGAAAUACACGUCAAAUGACUGCAAAUUAGCAAACAGGAAGCAUUUGUUUGUCAACGGGACCUCUUCAUUGGAGAAGGCAUACAUAUCUUAUAUGCGAGUUAUUACAGCGGAAUAUCUUAGUGACACUGGAAUUCUUUCUUCAAGUAUCAUGAAGAUGGUAUACAUGCUGCUCUGUGUCGUCUACGGGCACUACGUGACUAGUUCUGAGAACCUACCUACCAAAAUCAUGGUACAAUGUGGAACACAGCAGUGCAACAUCCUGGAAGAAUUCUGCUCAAUCGAUAACCGUUGUGAUAAAUGUAACGAAGAUGAAUGCAAAUUACCAAAAGCCGCUGGAGAGAGACCGCCCCAGUGCUUCUUCAAAUGUAACCAAGUUAUGGAGAAACUAAAGAACUUAUCAAAUGCCGGCUCCUCGACUUGGCGUGUGUACUUCCUCAUCUCGUAUGCUGCUGUAGUGACGCUACUGUGCAUUUUCUUACUGGUGUGGGUAUGCAAAAAACGGAAAACAGGAUGUUGUGUUUCUAAGGAAAGGCAGUCUCCAUCAGAGGAAAGGGCAUUAGUCAGUCACUCUUCCUCACAGCCAGAAAGUGAGAGCCCACUGCCAGUACCAGAACCCUCUCGUAGAUCUCCAGUCAUUGCUUCACCUCAGAACGAUCGGGAAAAUGAAACCACGGACUCGUGAACUCACAUGUUUCUAUGCGAACUCUAAAUAAUGCUAAAUAAUUAAAUCGUUUCUACGUUAAAUUAUUAACUAAUCAGUUACUACGUUAAAUAAUCAGCUAAUCAGUUACUACGUUGAAUAAAUAGCUCACCAUUACUUCGUUAAAUCAUUAGCUAACCAGCUAUUACGUUAAAUAAUUAGCUAAUCAGUUACUACGUUGAAUAAGUAGUUAACAGUUUACUACGUUAAUCAUUAGCUUACAAGCUACUAUGUUAAAUAAUUAGCUUACUAGCUACUAUGCCCAUUGAUAAGAUAACCAUUUAUUACGUUAAUGAUUAGCUAACCAUUUAUAACGUUAUUGGUUAGCUAACCAUUUAUUACGUUAUUGGUUAGCUAACCAUUUAUUACGUUAUUGGUUAGCUAACCAUUUACUACGUCAAACCAUUAGCUUACCGGCUACUAUGUUAAAUAAUUAGCUUAGGUAGCAGUGUACAGUAAAAAUGCCAAAUUCUGAAAAAUAUGGCACAUGUUUUAGAUAUGUAAACAUUGACAGUUAACCUUACAUAUAACCUCUAAUAAAGUAUAUAUAUUUGAAAUCUGUACAACAUUUGCAAUUUUAAGAGAACUCUGAAGGAUAAGAAAACUAAUAUUUUCUGUGAUUUUUAGAGCUGUGAAUACCAUGGUAACAGCUUAAAAAAUUCUCAAAAAUUGCAAAAUAUUAUGAUAUUUGACCCAAAAUGGCACAA